AUGGGUCCCUCCCCCGAUCACACUCUCUCGCCGCCUGCAUAUCUUCCAGAAUCCCCGCGACAUUGCACAACAAAAGUUCUGCAGAGAAAAGGGGGGAUGUCUCACAUGACAGGAAAUAUGUCACGGGGUUCUGGUGAAUUUGCAGGCGAAAAAGUCGGCAAAGCGAGGGCUGAUUUGGCCCACAAGGCAUCCUUCAUCCAGGUUGUUCGUCGCCGCGUGCAUUUGGUGAAAUGUGCGGGUGGGGUGUACCCGGUGGAUGAGGGGAGUGCGGUGGGAGGGUGGACGGUUGAACGGUUGGACCGUGGACGGCUGGAGACCGAGCCCAGCGCGGUUAGGGACGGGUCCAUUGUCGGAGAAGGUUGGGAUACUGCGCCAGCCCACAACAGAUUACCCCAGGCUAGUUCUGCGGCGUUGCGAGGACAGCUUCGUUUAAUUUCCCCCAUCGGUAUCCACUCGAUUCUGCCUCCUGUCAAAGUCCCCUCCCCGAACAGGAAACGGUUCCCGAACCGCCUCCCGCACGGUUGCUUGUUCGCCCAGGAGACCCAGGGGACAGUCGAGUGA